GUUGGCGCGCGCUUCCUGAAGGCCACGCGUGCCAAGGCCAUAAACCAGAGGCGGAGGGAGGACAAGCAGAAGGCGCCGCGCGAGGAAGAGAGCCGGUACGCGCUGGAGCCGCUGCAGGAGGACAGGUACGGGGGGUCGCUGGCGCACGACGCGAAGCCGCUGGAGGGCAUGCUUGCGCCGAUGGCG